GAAGCAUACUGAUGCUCUUUAUAUAUCUCUUGUGCCGCACGAAAGUACGAAACCCUUCGGAGUUCGGCCACAAAGUACUUGCUCUCGCAAGCCAAUUUGAUCUCGAAGGCGUAGCGAUCGGAGGAGGCUUAGCGCGAUGAGUAGCAUCGGCACAGGCUAUGAUCUCUCUGUCACCACAUUUUCGCCCGAUGGGAGAGUCUUUCAGAUCGAGUACGCUGCCAAAGCUGUCGACAAUAGUGGGACUGUGAUUGGAAUCAAAUGUAAGGAUGGAAUCGUGAUGGGUGUGGAGAAGUUGAUUUCAUCGAAGAUGAUGUUAGCGGGAUCCAACCGGAGGAUCCAUGCGGUUCACCGCCAUUCUGGCAUGGCUGUGGCUGGCUUAGCAGCUGAUGGUAGGCAAAUUGUUGCACGAGCAAAAUCUGAAGCAGCAAGUUAUGAGAGAGUAUACGGGGAACCCAUACCUGUCAAGGAGCUUGCAGAUCGUGUUGCAAGUUAUGUUCAUCUUUGUACACUCUAUUGGUGGCUCAGACCUUUUGGCUGUGGGAUUAUUCUUGGUGGUUAUGACAGAGAGGGACCUCAGUUAUACAUGAUUGAACCCUCUGGAAUAUCAUAUAGAUAUUUUGGUGCUGCUAUUGGAAAAGGAAGACAGGCUGCUAAAACAGAGAUAGAAAAGCUGAAGCUUUCUGAGAUGACCUGCAGGGAAGGAGUGAUUGAAGUAGCCAAGAUAAUUUUUGGAGUGCACGAUGAAGCAAAGGACAAAGCAUUUGAGUUAGAAAUGAGCUGGGUCUGUGAUGAAUCAAACCGCCAGCAUCAGAAGGUUCCAGACGAACUCUUGGAGCAAGCCAAGGCGGCUGCAAAAGCUGCAUUGGAGGAGAUGGAUGCAGAUUAGGGCAAAUAUUUUCAUUUCGUAUCUUAGUUUGGCAUUUGUAAUAUAACCAUUGUUGACGGUUUUGACAAGGGAAUCCGUGUUGCUUGUGUUAUUCAUUGUAUGCUAGCGAAUACAUUUGCUCUGCAGCCAGAGAAAUAGUUUCAAUUCCUGCAGUCUCUGAACCAGUAUAUUCGUUACACAUGAUUCAAAUGUUAGGUGGCGUUCCUUGAACCCUGAA